GUGCCAGGCCCGGGCUGGUGCCAGCGUCUGGGGCCGCCCCGGUGGCCGCUCCCGGUGGCCUGACCUCAGGCCACCCCGCACCGACCCCGCUGACCUCCGUGCCCAGCCCGCCGGGACCGGGGCCGGCAGCGGGCGCCCGGAGGAAACGGCGGCUCCUGCGAGCCCGGCUGGCUGCCGCACCGGUGGCCCCGCCGCCGGUCCCGUCCGUGCCCCGGUGCGGGCGCCGUCCAGGCACGCUGCCCUGUGCGGCCUCCGGCUCGGCUGGCCGGCGAGCAGCACCGAGGGGGAGCCCCGGCGCCAGCCCAGCCGCUCCUUCCUCAACCUCGCCGGGUCCUUCACCAACAAGCGGAAGGAGUACUCGGAGCGGCGCAUCAUCGGGUACUCCAUGCAGGAGAUGUACGACGUGGUCUCCAACGUGGAGGACUACAAGAACUUCGUGCCCUGGUGCAAGAAGUCGGUGGUGGUCUCCAAGCGGUCCGGCCACGUCAAGGCCCAGCUGGAGGUGGGCUUCCCACCCGUGCUGGAGCGCUACACCUCCAUCGUCACCCUCGUCCGCCCCCACCUCGUCAAGGCCGUCUGCACGGACGGGCGCCUCUUCAACCACCUGGAGACCAACUGGCGCUUCAGCCCCGGCAUCCCCGGCUACCCCCGCACCAGCACCGUGGAUUUCUCGAUCUCCUUUGAGUUUCGCUCCCUGCUGCACUCCCAGCUGGCCACCGUCUUCUUCGACGAGGUGGUCAAGCAGAUGGUGGCAGCCUUCGAGCGCCGGGCGGCCAAGAACUUCGGGCCCGAGACCCGCAUCCCCCGCGAGCUCAUGUUCCACGAGGUCCACCAGACGUGAGGGCAGCCCGGCUGCUGCGGACUGCGCCAGGGCCCCGGGGCCGCUCGCCCUGCCCACCCUCUUAAAUAUUUAUUUGAGUGCAUCUUUGCUGCCGUUGCCUCGACUUCCCUCCCAGCCUCGGGGGCGAGAGGCGAUGCUCCUGCAAGCGCGGGGGCCGCUGUGAGCCCCCCCCCCCCCCGGUCCCAUCUCAACACCAGGGGAGCCGCGGCCCAGGGCCAGCCUCCCCGUGGCUGCGUAGCUGAUUUUGGUUUUAAGUUUUGUUUUGUUUUA